UGGGUUCAGUGUCUGGCUGCUGAGAGCCGCCGAUGGGAGAGGGGUUGGUGGUGAAAUGUAGUCUAAUGUUCGGAUUUGAUGAGUGGUUCUUCCCUCGAAGGAUAAGGGAUAUUAAGACUGUCGGUAUCUGUAUUACAUCAGUGGCCAGUUUUUAGAAGAUUAUGAGGAACAGCAAACUCUGCUGCCAAACUCCACCUUCAAUUACUGUCCGGAUGAAACCCGUGGGAUCAAGAUCAAACCAGCAAAGGAAAGGGGCAAAGUUAAAGCAACCAUGUGUACAGAAAGCCCAGAAGAUGUAUGGAAAGAAUACUAAUAUCAUUUCAAAGCCCAAACAUAUGAGGGGACCUUGUCUCAUUAUUCAGCGGCAAGAAAUGGCAGCUUUCUUCAAACUAUUUGAUGAUGACUUAAUACAAGACUUCCUGUGGAUGGACUGUUGCUGUAAGGUCUCUGACAAGUAUCUUUUAGCGAUGACCUUUGUUUAUUUCAAGAGAGCUGGUUUUGAAAUAAGCGAACAAACAAGAAUGAAUUUCUUUGUUGCUUUAUACUUAGCUAAUACCAUGGAAGAGGAUGAAGAGGAAUACAAGUAUGAAAUUUUUCCAUGGGCUCUUGGAAAGAAAUGGAAGAAAUUAUUUCCAGAUUUCUUAAAGCAAAGAGAUCAGCUUUGGGCAAAAAUCAGUUAUAGGGCAGCUGUGAGCAAACGCUGUUGUGAGGAGGUUAUGGCAAUUGCUCCAUCCCAUUACAUCUGGCAACGGGGAAGGCCUCUGCAUCACAGCGGUGCCAUCAGAAGGUACACACGAAAUGAAGUCAAAAUACCUCGGGGUCCAUGCGUCACACCAGUUCAUUGUUCGCUCUGUGGCCAAAAGGAAGGUUUCCUCAGCAUGCGUGUAUCAUCUUCCUCAUCUUGUGAAAGUCUGAUAAUAACCAAGAAAGACUUGUAUCGGGGUAAUCCUGAACAGAAUUCAGGUGACAUGGAACAUCAUACCUACUAUUCCACAGCUGGCUAUCAGACCAUACAAAACGGGGGAAGAAAAUACGACCUUGCUGUAAAGGACAGAUCCAUGGACUGGUUUACUGGAAAUGAGGAGUGAGGAUACCUUGCAAAUAUCUGGAUUCAUGCUAGAUUCAUGCAAGCAAGAGAGAACAACAUCCUACAUUUGAUAAAAUAAUAAUCAAGUCCCUUCUACUGCAAGUGUAAUGGAAAUGUCAAAUAGAAGAUAACUGACAAUUCUCUUAAUUAAAAGGGGUUCAGGUGACAACAUAACCAUGAAAGUGAAGGUCUGUCACUUUAAAGUUGUUGUCGGCAUCCAGUUUUAAUUAUUGCCUUAAAUUCAUCAAGCAAUGCUAUUUAGAAUGCAUACACAUAUUCAAGGUAGUGACUUUUAAAAAAAAAACACAAAUAGCACAUUUUUCAAAUCAGUUACUGUAAAAUUCACUACCUUGUCCAUGUAAUUAUAGAAGACAUAUACACAUGGUCAGUAAUCAACUGAAGACCAUUUUUCACUGAACCCACAGUGAUUUACAGCACUGAUAUUGUUCUUCUAAUAUGAAAU